AUGAAGCCCAAUCAGUCUGAUGUUGAUCUUCAAUCGCUGAGAUCUGUGAAGCACAAGUCGGAUUCGGAUAAAGAGUCCGUUUUACCAAAACCAGAGUCGCAGGAACAGGAUCCCUUUGGAGAUGAAAGCCAAGCUGGCGUAAAGUACAAGACCAUGGCGUGGUGGCAAGCCGGCAUGAUCAUGAUCGCAGAAACCAUCUCGCUUGGUAUUCUCGCGCUGCCCAAAGCGCUAGCGGUACUAGGUCUUGUUCCCGGCCUCCUAGCCAUCUUUGGGGUUGGGACAAUCUCGACGUAUACUGCAUAUACCAUUGGGCAAUUCAAAUGCCGCCAUGUCCAAGUACACACUCAUCUUUUUGUAAUGGUGAUGGGGAGCCAUAUUCUCACCUUUUCGAUCAUGAUGAACGUCCUUACUGAACAUUCCUCUUGCACCAUCAUCUUUUCGGUUGUCGGUUUACUCGCCUCGUUCCUGUUGACUCUCCCACGGCGACUGGAGAGACUUUCUCAUAUCUCCUCCGUGAGUUUUGUGAGUAUUGUCGGAGCGGUUCUCACUGGUAUGAUCGGGGUCACCCUUGUCAAACAGGGACCUGUGCAUGUUCCGGCCUUUUCUCCUUCGCCCAAAGUGCAUGAUGCGUGUCUUGCUAUUGCAAAUAUCAUCUUUGCGUACGCUGGACAUGUUGCAUUCUUUACCCUUUUCUCCGAGCUCAAGGAGCUCCAGGAUUUCCCGAAGGCCCUGGCACUUUUGCAGAUGAGUGAAAUGGUCUUAUAUACCGUGGCUGCUAUUGUGAUAUACGCCUAUGUUGGGCCGACUGUCAACUCACCUGCUCUCAAUUCUGCAGGGCAAUUAUUUCGCAAGAUUUCCUAUGCAAUCGCGAUCCCCACGAUUGUGAUCGGGGGUGUGGUGAACGCGCAUGUUGCCGUCAAGUUCAUUUACGUCCGUGUCUUCCGGGGAACCAAUUCGAUGCAUAGCCAGUCACUCAUGGCGCGGUUGGUGUGGGCUGCGAUAUGUGCGGUGCUUUGGAUCUUGUCGUGGAUCAUUGCCCAGGGAAUACCGAUUUUCAACGAUGUACUAGGGCUUGCGUGCAUUGUCGGGUUAUAUUCGUCCAUUCGGUCGAUCUUUCACAACCUUCGCGAGAGUGUUGGGGGAGGCAGCUUCUCAUGUGCUGACAACUCUCUCUACUGA